AUGAUGAACCAACAACCACAGUGUCACCAACGACCUCUGAGCAACCAAACAGCCACUGAUGAACAAACAACCAAUACAAUGCCACCAAAAAACAGAACCACCAACAUCUUUCCCUCCAAAAACAGAACCGCCGUCGACUGUGCCACCAACCACGCUGGGGACACAAAUCACCCACAGUGCCACCAAACACAGAAUCGCAGUAACUGUGCCACCAACUACCACAGUAUCACUAACAACAGAACCGCCGCAACUGUGCCACCAACAACACAACAGAAACCCCCGGGACAACUGUGCCACGACAACAGAACCGCCGACAACGUGCCAACAACAACAGAACCGCCAACAACAAAACCCGCCGACAACUGUGCCACCAACCACCACAGCGCCUCCAAAAACAGAACCCCGACAACUGUCCCACCAACCACCACAAACCGCCGACAACAGAACAGCCGACAACGUUGCCCCCAACAACAGAACCACCAACAACAGAACCCCCGACAAACUGGCCUCCAAAAAACAGAACCCCCAACAACAAAACCCGCCGACACUGUGCCACCAACAACAGAAACGCCGACAACUGGCACCAAACCACACAGUGCCAUCAACACAACAGAACCACCGACAACUGUGCACCAACCACCACAGUGCCACCAACAACAGAACAGCGACAACUGUGCCCCCAACCACCACAGUGCCACAACAACAGAAACAGCGACAACUGUGUCACCAACAACAAAACCCGCCGAAAAACUGUGCCCCCAAACCACCACAGUGCCCCCAAACAACAGAACAGCGACAACUGUGCACAUCCACCACAUGCCACAACAACAGAACCCCCGAAAACGUGCCACCAACAACAAAAACCCCGACAACUGUGCCCAAAAACAGAACCGCCGACAACUGUCCCACCAACAACAGAACCGCCGAAACUUGCCUCCAACAACAGAACCGCCAACAACUCUGCCACCAACCCCCACAGUGCCUCCAACAACGAACGCCAACAACUCUGCCCCCAACCCAAACCACAGUGCACACAACAACAGAACCCCCGAUAACAACAAAAACCGCCGAAAAACUGUGCCACAACCACCACAGUGCCUCCAACAACAAAACCCACCGACAAACUUACCACCAACCACCACAUGCCACCAACGACAGAACAGCCGACAACCUCUACCACCAACCACCACAGUGCCUCCAACAACAGAACAGCCGAAAACUGUGCCCCCAAAACCCCCACAAACCGCCGACAACUGUGCAACCAACAACAGAACACCAUCAACUGUGCCACCAACCACUGAACAAUCAACAACCAUAGUAUCAUUAGUAACUUCUGAACCCCCAACAUACCACAGUACUAACAACAAUACUACCGCCAACAACUACAAAUGCCACCAAUAA